AUGAUUAGAAAAGUGAAGCGAAGACAACGACCGCACGACGAGACCGAUGAGAGCCUGGAAUCGAUGGUAUUGUCCAACCCUUCCGUCGCCGACAUUGAUAUGAAUGGCAGACAAAGAGAGCGUAAUAUUAGUUUAAGCGAAGACUCUCUGGCGUUAAGGCAAUCAUUUUUCUCAUCACAAGCCGUCAGACCUAUCAUUGAAGACGAAGACAAGAUAAGAGAGUCAAUCAUAUCCAACAAUGAAGUGCCGCCGACUUAUGACGAGGCAAAACAAUUGCCAAAUUCAUAA